CCCCCCCCUCCCUCAUCCGCCUUCUUCUUCCCCAAAUCGACCCCUCUUCCAUAUACCAACUCUCUUCGCCCCGAUUCUUCACCAAGUCCCGACUUCGAACCAUGCCGAUGCUCCAGCGCAGCGCACACUUCGGCGACCGGGAUCGACGCCUCCUUCACCAACUCCAGCGCGGCGCACGCUUCGGCGAUCUGGAUCGAACCAAGUCCCAGCUUCGAACCCUAGGUUGUCGCAGGUGGCCUGUCAUCGAAGCCUCUCAGGAAAGCCAACUUUCCCCUCACGACCUAUCUCGCGCUCCUCUCUUUUUUCCCCAAAUCCAGAACCCUAGGUCGUUUGUCGCCACCGCCACCGCUUCCACCGGUAGUCACCUCCCUCGCAGUGAAAUCUCCGAUUUUAAUGGCGGCGACCCUCUCUCUCUCAGAUAAUAUGCACAAAUUGGGCACAACUUUAUCUUUCUAGGGUUCUAAAUUGCACCGGUAACGACAGUUCUCUCCCUAUCUCUCUCUACUCUCCAACUCCAGUAAGUCCUGAACUCUGCACUUCUCUACUCUGGGUUCGAAUUUUGAAAUUCUCGAGCAAUUUUGUAAGUUAUGCAUACUUAGUAAGUUCUAGUUCGUUUCUUCGAAGAACGGGGUGUUGCAGUUGAUUGAUUCUUGUAGUCCGAUUUAAUACAAUUGCUUCUUGCACUGUAGUUAUUGAAUUCGCGGGGGGAUUCUGAAUUCUUGAUUGCUCCGGGUCCAAAUUGUUAUGACAGUUUUCUUAGGUGGCUGAUGCUGGAGGUUUACCCUCACUUGUUGCUCGAGGAUUCAGCACUGUUCAGGCUGCUAGUGGUGGUGAGCAACUUGAAAUUCAAGUUCCAGUUGAAAGAUGAUGGGAAAUUGCAAGCUGAGACAGCUUCUGGUGAAUUCUGGGUACUCUUUGGUGGGUUUGCUCCAAUUGGUAAGAAGGUUGCUACUGAAGAUGAUAUCAUACCAGAGAAGACCCCUGCUAAGCUUUUUAGAAGUGGAAGGUACGCAUGGAAAGACCAUCGUCCUCCAUCAGGCGCUUGGAAGGGCACGAGCGGGGGAGAAGCCAUAUCCUUCAAUGGUUGUGACGAUAAUCAAACUUCUGUUGAUACCGCUGCUCUAUCUAAGGUGACGUCUGCAGGGGCAAUGACCUUUGCAUUCAUCCAAGCAAUAGAGAAAGGGCAGGGAGCUACCUAUGGGAGCAUCUUGAAUGCGAUGAGGUCUACCAUCCGGCAGACUAGCGAGGAUCUAGUUGCCGGAGGGGGUGCUGUCACUACACUACUCACAAUGCUCUUGACAGGGGGGAGCGGUGUUGGACUGAGACAGGUUUGUGGUGGAUUAAAUGAGCCGUACGUUGAGAUGAAGAGGCUUGUGAAUUCACAAGAAAAGUUGUACCAGAUGGCUAGCUAGUUGCAUAUUUAAUAUGUUUAGUAUUUUUGUAAGGCAUAAUAGUAUAGAUAGAGCAGUUGUUGAAUUUUGAUUAUAUUCAAAUCUUGUAUGAAUUCUUUUUUAUGAUAAUAAUAUAAAAUUAAAUAUUUUGGAUGAUAUAUAA